AUGCCUAUGAGCUAUGAUGCUAACGCUCUCCUUCAAUUGAUCUCAUCCCUAGAUUUCGGUCCAAUCAACAUAGAACUCGGUCGACAUGCUCCCACGAACGUGGAAUUGUCCCAUUUACCCCUCGAUGCGAUACCCUCGAUAUUCCACUUGAGUCGUGCCCUUCUACGAUCAAAGCUUCGCCCUCAGCUGCUGAACUAUCUUACCGACGGCGUCGACACGGAAUUGUUAGGUCCUCAGGGAAAAGUAGGUUGCCUUGUGGACUCGGUCAAGGAUCAGGUGGUACAGAAUAUGCCUGUGGAUGGAGAGGUUGGGAUGACCGAAUUCAUGUCGAUUGGGAUAUUCGGUGCAGUCAAUGUCCUGCUAUUGGAGAAUUCGGCAAGAAACACAUCUCGGGAUGGACCCAGGAGGUAUCGUGCCCGAGGCACAGGAGGCUCUGGAAGACCCGAUGUUGAGAUGCUUAUCGAUAACGCCAGAAAGUCGGUUUACGUCGAGAUCAAACCACCCAUCAUAGCCUCAUCAGCUGUCUUAGAUGCGAUACCUGAGAUAAUAGCUCGAAAUGCGGUCUCGUUCAACAAUGAUCGCUCUGUCAGUGUCAACAAUACGAUGAGCGCUGUGAUGGGUCUGACUUCGGCUGAUAUAAUACCGGUAAACUUCUUACCAAAGUUCGAGCCCAAUUCGCCUCAGGCUCCCCUACAGUCUGCUGGGAUCGAAGUCUCACCCACCGUUUCCAAUUCGACUCAGCCUUCACCUACACACUUGGCACCUGAUGUACCUGGGACCUUUGCCCUUUUUCUGUCCCUUGCGGUUCUUGAUGAUACCGAUUACGUCUGUACAGGUGGAGGAACGGGAUAUUCUGCAGCUCAACAAGCAGCUCCCGAACAAAUCCAGUCAUCAUCGGGACUUCGCUCAUUGAGAUCAGCUUUGCAUGUUAGUCCACGAGGCACGCUUGGCUUUCUCUGUCGAAGCGGUCGAAGCCACAGAAACCGUGGUGCCAGCUCAUCUAGCGCUUCUCAAUCCGAAAUUCGUGUCAAUCUCGUGGCGGAUACCGGUACGAUGGGUAGUUCAAUCUCUCCCCUUGUCACGAGAAUGCUUGUAAACGAUAUUGCGUGGAAGCAAACAAGGUCUAUAAUGCUCUCAAAAGCCGAAACUUCUCGCCAUCGUAGUCUGAUCAAUCUAUACGAAAGAUUCGCCAAUGGAAUUGUUCUCAAGACGACUCCGACUCGAUUCGAAAUCCUGCUUAGGGACUGUAUCGGUAAAGGGCAUGUUUGGCACACUUUUAAGGCUGAAAUCAAACGUUUCGAAGGCGACGCGAUCACGUAUACACAGAAGAUCAUUGUCAAAGUAUCUUGUCCAGAUGCAUUCUCAGCGAACCAGGAAGAUAAUUGGGUCUCCGCGCAGACCAUUCGAAAGUAUGUGGAACGUGAGAUCAAUGCUUUCGAUCAUUUAAUAGGGCAUGGACUCGAUAAGAGAGGGAUAGUCCCAGAGUUGUACGGUGUGCUCAAGGGUUCGAACAUGAAUGGGGAAGAUAUCCAAUUGAUCAUGUUAGAAGAUGCAGGUGUGGCUGUUGACUGGGAAACGAUCACUCAGGAAGAAGGACAUUGGGUGAGAAACCCUAUAACUGGAUCCAUCAAAAUAAUCGAUUUCGAUAGGGCGAAUCUAGAAUCAGAAGUGAUACUUGGUUUUGAGAUAGGCUAUGUAGAGGGUUACAUCGCGGAAGCCUUGAAGAAACAAGCGGACAACAGUAAUGGUAUGAAACCAAACGCAUUAGAAGAGUCAUGA